AUGGAGGAUCUGCAAAUGCAAAUUCAAAUCAUAAUGUCAUUAAUGAAAAUUUUGAAAAUUGCCGAAACUAAUCAACAAAAUCCUCAACAUAGACAACAAGACUUUUUAAUGGGAGGGGUAGUUGAAGAACAAGCAUCAGGAGCUAUAAAUACGCCAGUGGAUGCAGAAGAAAUUACAAAUGGUAUAGUUAGUUUUCAAAAAGUAAUUCAGGAGGAAGUCCAUGCUCCUUUAGACAAGCAUACUGAAGAAUUUGUAGCUAAGUUUUUCUGGGUUAUCCACUAUGGUAUUCUCCAAGGUACCAUACAUCAAGAUGAUAGCUCAGAAAAGCUUGGCUACAAAUUGAAAAACAUGGCUGGAAAUACUUUGAAUAAUAACUUUUAUUAUAAUCAACUAAUCUCCAAUUUCACUUUCCAAGAUAGUCCAAUAUCUACAUUAUCCGAAUUUAACAAAUAUUUAAGACAAGAAGAAUAUAAGAUUUUAAAAAAAGAAAAGAUGAUGCAAGAAAACCAGGAGAACAAGAUUCAAGAAAUCAAUUUGAUUUUAUUUCUGUCCCUUUCAAGUAAUCUAGUUUCAUUAUAA